GAAAGGCCUUCUCUGGCGGUUCCUUUCCUGGGCUCCUUCGGUAGUCUCUUCCGACCCCACCACGGGUCCCCUUGCCCACUUACUUGAGCUCGACCGGGUACUUGGCUCAACACCCUCACAGCACCUCCUCUCCUUCUCCCGUGGCUCAAGGGGGAAACAGCGGCGCAUAAUAAUGCACGUCGGUCCUACAAACAGCGGAAAGACGCAUCAAGCGCUACAGGCCCUCGUCCGUGCUCGCACAGGCGUAUAUGCCGGCCCGCUCAGGCUCCUCGCGCACGAGAUUUGGAAACGUGUCAACACGGGACAAAUUGAUGGGCUGGCUAGGACGUGUAACCUCCUCACUGGGGAGGAACAGCGCUGGGUCGGGGAAAGGGCAAGUCAUCUUGCUUGUACGGUGGAGAUGACCCCUUGCGGCACAGAAUUGGACGUCGUGGUGCUCGACGAGAUACAGCUGCUUGCGGACCCCGAUCGGGGAUCGAGCUGGAUGCAGGUGCUCCUAGGUGCGAAUGCGCAAGAAGUGCAUGUCUGUGGAGAGGACACAGCGGUCGGGCUUGUGCAGCGGAUCGCUGAGGAGUGUGGGGACGUCGUCGAGGUGAGGAGGUAUGAGCGCCUUACGCCAUUGAAGAUGGCCAAGCAGAGCUUGAAUGGCGACCUCACUAAGAUCCAGCCUGGAGAUGCAAUUGUUGCGUUCAACAGGAAUCAUAUUUUCCAGAUCGCUAAGCAAGUUACGGAGAAGACUGGACAUGCGACCGCCCUGGCAUACGGGGCCAUGCCACCGGAAGUGAGGAACCAGCAGGCGAGGAUAUUCAACGAUCCUGGGAGUUCGUUGAAUGUGCUCGUUGCUAGUGACGCCAUUGGCAUGGGCCUGAACUUGAAGAUCAAACGAGUCAUCUUCCACCGCAUGACUAAAUGGAACGGCACGGAAGUGGUCGAGCUCUCUCCAAGCCAAGCGAAGCAAAUCGCGGGUCGCGCAGGGAGAUUUGGGCUACACGGAGCUGGGGAAGGAGGGGAAGUGACCACUCUCUUCCCUGGAGACCUGCCCUUGCUGCAGAAGGCAAUGGCGACGCCCAACCCUCCCUUGCUGCGCGGUUACAUCGCC